UAUAAAAUAAAAGGCACAGCGUUGUAGGAAGAAAAUGAUCCUUCUUCCUUCCCAUAAACGACGAAUACACAACAAAUUUAUUUUACAUUUCUGAUUUAUCUCUUUGGAAGGGAUUAUAUUUCGGGUACACACAUUCUUGGGUAGCCUGUAUAAGCUUCGUACUUGUUACGUACACAUUUGUGCUGAUUUGUGCAGUGUGUUGAUUUUACAAGCGAAAAAUGGGUUCGAACAGAAUAGAGUCUUUCGAUGUCUCACGAAAAACUCGAGAAGUAAUAGAGUGGAGAAGUUUGAGAAGAAAACAAUUACGUCAAGAAUAUUUGAAACAAAUUCUUAAUCCAAUUAAACAGCAAACAGUUAUUGACGAUGCAACAACAAGAUUUGGUCUAAUGAGACUCACGCAUGAAUAUCAAGCAAAGUUAACUGCUAGAAGCUUCUUUGUUGGUGUAUGUGGAUUAGGUACAUUUUCUGCGAUAAUCAUGUAUGGUUUUGUCAAACUGAAGGAAUUAGAAGAAAAUGAAUAUCGUACUGGAAAAGUAAGUUAUGCCGAUAGAGAAUUCAAAUUUGCAUAAUAUCUUUUUUUAUUUGAUCACAUACUUGUAAUUGAAGGUCAUGUAGAUUAAAAUUUCUGUCUACUUAGUAAAAUAAACACUAAUUAUAAUAACAUGCA